AUGGCAGCUAUCACUGCAAAGCACUUAGGGCGGACCAAGAGCGCCAACCCGGAAAGACAAGGAGAGACACCUACAUCAUCCAUGUCAGAAAGCGCGGGCUCUAAUGCUCAUCGGAUUGAUUGGCUCCUAAAAGGAACGAACUAUUACCAUAUGGCCAUAUCGGAGAUCAGCCGAAUAACCUCGGGAACUUUACCCUUCUCCGGCUCUGGCACGAACAUAUCGGUGAUAGAGGCAGUCAACCGGUGGAUGAGUUCUAAUCUUGUUCAAGUUCGACUGAAUGGGACAACUGAAAGUCUGCAUGAUGUUGCUUUUGUGCGGAACACAGAGGAGCUACUUGCAACGCUUGUUCUUCUAACGACAUAUGAACUGAUGGACACCAAUGCGAAUGAAUGGUCAUGGCACCUAUCUGGGAUCCGUCCCUUGUUUGAAAAUAUCUCCCAAUCCGAUACUAUGACAGACAUCAUAUUUUCUCACGGCAUUCGAGCCGCUUUCUGGAAUUUUGCCCGUCUAGAUUUCUUCGGUGCCUAUUUCCCUCGCUCCCCGACUCAGCUAAACCCGGAAAAUCUGUCUCUUUGGCGCUCUGCCGGGAUAUCCAUCAAUGAUGAGGGCCAGUUUCAAAUCUGUCCUCUAAGGGAGGGGGGUCUGGUCAAAGAGGAUCAGGCAGCCAAUGGUAUCCUGUGGCUUGUUCUCAAGAUAAUGAACCUCUUGGCGAAAGUGAAACGAGCUCAGCUGGCGCAAUUGGUCGGACCAUCCAAUCUUGAUUUGCCCGGCUCUCAAGGAAAUAUUACCGCUGGUCAAACCAUAGACCCUGACUCUAACACAUGGCUUCAGCUUUGUUUUGAUCUCCAGGUCUGGUUUGAGACAUUGCCAGAAACAUUUCGUCCGUCUGUACAAAUAUACUCUCCGAAGGACAUAUCAAAGCCGAAUGACGCGAAGUCCACGCCAUUUCCUGAGAUAUUUUUUGGGCUUCCGACCUGUGCUGCUGCGAUCCAGCAUUAUCACUUUGGCCGAAUCGCACUUUUGCUCAACCAACCCACAGACACCAUCAAUACCGUAAGCGUCUCCUUCGAUCGGCUUCAUGGGUACCGCGAAGUCUCCAAAGAAGUCGACCAUCACAGUCGCGAGAUAUGUGGUAUCGCUAUGGGCUGCCCUCAUAGUGCGGUACGGCUGUCCAUGAUACCCGUCUUAUUUGCUGUAGGCAAUUGUCUGGAGGAUGUAGGGGAGCGUCAGAUAAUCUUCGACCUUUUUCGAGGAGUAGAAACGGAUUUAGGAUGGGCAACCGACUACGCUAUCCUGCGAUUACAGCAAGUCUGGGCUAGGUGA